AUGACAACCACUCCAGCAGCUUCAGCAGCUCUCCAUCACCAUGAUUACACAAUCGGGUGGAUCUCCGCUCUGCCUUUGGAGAUGGCAGCUGCGGCCGCGAUGCUCGACGAGAGACACCCCGAUUUGCCGACCAAACCGACCGACGACAACACCUACAUACUUGGUAGAAUCCAUGUGCACAACGUGGUCAUCGCCUGCCUUCCCUCCGGUGUGUAUGGCACAACAUCAGCCGCCACCAUUGCGAGCCAAAUCCGCUUGACAUUCCCCUCGAUUCGAAUCGGAUUGAUGGUGGGCAUCGGCGGGGGAGUCCCUGGAACGUCGGAGGAUGUUAGACUGGGAGAUGUGGUUGUCAGCAAGCCAACAAGGGAUUAUGGUGGCAUUGUACAGAAGCGGUCAAUUCGCGCUUCACAGGAUCCGAAGAUUCAUUACGGGCUUAUCGCAUCUGCGAAUCAGGUCAUGAAGGACGGUCGCUUGAGGGACAAGCUGGCCCGCGAACUUGGCAUACUUUGCUUUGAGAUGGAGGCGGCAGGCCUGAUGGACAGCUUCCCGUGUCUCGUCGUCCGUGGUAUCUGCGACUACUCAGAUUCCCACAAGAGUAAAGUGUGGCAGGGAUAUGCGGCGGCGACAGCCGCCGCUUACACCAAGGAAUUGCUGUCAACUAUUCAUGGAAAACAAGUCGAGGACGAACCAUCAAAGCUCUCCACCGGCAACAUACCAUACCUUUUUGGAGCACUCUCGCCGACCCCGCGCUCGUCUCAGAGUGUAGUUUCACAGCGCAACGAACUGGACGAGCAAGAGGUGCUCCUAGAGCAGCUUUCUAGCUACGAGCACGAACAGGUUCAUAGAAGGCUUGCGCACAAAAGACUGACUGUGCCGAUGGCCACGUACGUCUUGGAUGGGUUUGAUGCGAUGGAGGAAGAACAAUGCAAGCUUCUGCUUACGUUCAUCCGCUCACUAUUCUCUGAAGCAAGAGAGCUCAAAGGGCAACGCAUUCUUCUCUUUAGCCGAGACCAAAUACCAGGUUAUGUCAACAUUGCAACAUUCAUACCUGGGAUUGGUCGGACCUCAACUUUCGACAACACCAUAAGCGAUAUUCGAGCCUACAUUGACUAUAGUAUCGGUGAUAAAUCCAUGUACCGGAAGCUCACAGAUGAUCGCCUGUUAUUAGAAGAAAUCAAGAAAGUGCUACUUAACGAAUCAUCCGGAAUGUUCCUCUGGGUGCAUAUUCAACUUGAGAUUCUUUGGAGCACUUGUUUCACAGACGCCGAAGUCCGCUCAGCAUUACGUCAAUUGCCCAAGGAUCUCGAGGAAACAUAUCGUUAUUGCGCCAACAGAAUAAACACUGAUGAUAUACGAGCAUUGAAAGUGCUGAAGUGGGUUGGCUUCGCGUCGCGACCUCUGCACGUCGUAGAGUUAAGAGAGGCAGUAGCGUUUGAGAAACAGGACACAGCAUUCGACAGCAACAAGCUUCCCCAACGUGACUUCAUCAUCGGCUCUUGCGCCAAUCUUGUGGUCCUAGACCCGAUAGACCUCUGCGUCCGGUUCGCCCACUCCUCGAUCAAACAGUAUCUGGUGAAAAAUGGUCUACCGGGACCUCAAAAAGCCCUCCAUGAACAACCCUUCGAUGAGAAACAGGAAGAAAUGAAUUGCGGAGAAUUCUGCAUUGCGUAUCUUUGCUUUUCCAACUUCAGCCUUCAGAUCGAGCACAAGUGCAAUGUAACGAGAGACGCCGUGGUCCCCAACCCUGUACUAUUUGCAGGCCCGGCGUUGAAGUCGUCUCUGAGAUACCUUUUUCGAGUACCAGAUAGUCCCAAGCCCCAGAGAGUCCUACAGUUACGCAGUAUUUGCACAUCAACCAUCCCAGAUCGAAGCCAGUACAAAUUUCUGAAUUAUGCUACAGUGAACUGGGUCAGCCAGACGAGAUCUCUUGCAAGGGACUCCCCAAUGUGGGAAAAAUUCGAGAAGCUUGCGACGUGCUUUAACGAGACCUGGAACUUUCAUCCAUGGAAGCCCGGCGGCCGCUCCCUUCGUUCUCAGUUACAUAGUCUUUUUGGAUGGGCUGUGCGAGAAAACCACGAACCGCUUCUCUCUAUAGCGCUGAAUUGGAAGAAAGAGAUAUUGCAGGUGUGCAAUCUUCCUUUGAUACACGAGGGUCUUCCAGCACUUCAUGUUGCCUCCAAAUUGGGGCACCACGACAUUGUUCGCACGUUGCUCACGUUCUGCGAUGUUAACAUCAUGGAUGCAGCGGGAUACACACCUUUGCAUCACGCCAUCACCCGUAGUGAUACUGAGAUGGCAUCGUUACUGCUUAGCGCCACAAAAGCCAACACAGACGUAGUAUCAGUCAAAUGCGGGACACCGCUUAGCUUAGCGGCGCAAUUGGGACUUGGUGAAAUAGCGGAGCUCCUGAUUCAACAUGGAGCUGCUGUACAGGAGCCCCUUUGGUCGGCAAUAAUGCACGGUAAUGGAGAUAUGAUCAAGCUUCUUGUCAAACAUGGGGCAAACCUGAGCUACAAAGGUGGAAACGGCCAGACUUUGCUCGAUUACGCGGCCCGGUCCAAGCACAGGAACAUGCCGAAAUUCCUACGCGGACUGACGGAACAAAAGCUUCUUCUCCUUGGUGCUGCGGAGUCCGGCAAGUCAACAAUCAUCAAGCAGAUGAAGGUUCUGUACAUGCAAGGAUACACACCGGAGGAGUUGAGUCGGUACAAAACGACGAUCUACAAAAAUGUCCUGGAAUGCGCCGAUGCGCUAUUUACGGCAAUGAAUGAGCUGGGAAUACAUCCGCAUACUGAAGAGGCCCGAUCGUACCGUUUACCAAUGUCGGAGACGGGUCUGCUGCCGGAUCAAACUCUCACGCUCGAUGCCUGUAAACUGAUAUCCGCACUGUGGCAUGACCCCGCUAUUCCUCUGCUUAUGGAGCAACGAACGAAGUUUUAUUUGAUGGAUUCAGCACCUUAUUUUCUCGAUAACAUAGAACGAAUAGCCGCACAAGGUUAUCAACCCACGGAGGCGGACGUACUGCGUGCGCGGACGAAGACCACCGGAAUCUACGAAACCCGUGUCUCCAUCGGUUAUACCAAGCUUCAUGUAUUCGAUGUUGGAGGCGUACGAAGUGAACGCAAGAAGUGGGUUCAUUGUUUCGAGAACGUCGCGGCUAUAGCCUUCUGCGUUGGGCUGAGCGAGUACGAUCAGGUCCUGCUGGAGGAACCUAACCAGAAUCGCAUGGAAGAAAGCCUACUGUUGUUCGAUUCAGUCGUGAAUUCGCGAUGGUUUCUGAAAACGAGCAUGAUCCUUUUCUUGAACAAGGUCGACCUCUUCAAAGAAAAGCUAUCGCAUUCGCCGCUUGAGAAAACCUUCCCGGACUACAAGGGCGGCGCCGACAUCAACAAGGCGGCAAAAUUUAUCUUGUGGAAAUUCAAUCAGGUCAACCGCGCCAACCUAAACCUCUACCCGCAUCUGAUCCAGGCGACGGAUACCAGCAACAUCAAAUUUGUGCUCAAGUCGGUCGAGGAGACGGUUUCGCAAAUUAUCUUGAGAGAUAGCGGAUUGAUAUAA